CACGCACAUUUUGCAGCACUGCCAAUUUCACCACUACUGUCAUAAAAUACAAGCGUGGAGCUGGUUGGCUGUCGUCGCAUUAAAAGUAAUCAAGAUUUAUUUUUUUUGUUUUCGCCGCGUGAAGUACAAAUUGCGGCAUUUUUUUGUAAACGCAAUCGUCGUUGGACCGCAAAGCACGCGCUACAGUUUGCGAUAUUUGAGCUUGAGCAGCGGCCGGUGUUAAAAACCAAAGCAGAAAAAAACUCAGAAGCUGGUACUUUUUUGAGAGCACAAAAAAAACAAAAUGCCGAAGGACACAAUUGGUAAGGUGCAGGAGUACAAGGACUCGCUGAUCACCAAGGCGGAGACGCUCAUCACAAAAGGUUUUCCUGAGAAAAUCGUUGAGCUGAAUGAGUUGCUCUCAACGCCCAUGUUCAAUGAGCGCAACUUCAACGAGGUGCAUCAGGAUCUCAACAUUCCGGUUGUCGCUCCAGUGCUGAUCAAUCAUCGUGACGGCGGCGGCGAUGACAGCACCGACAAUGAUCAUCCAGUGACCAAGCGUCCACGCAAAGAUGACAAUAUUUCGGGCACAGCUGUGUUGGGUUUGCCAAGUGGCACGGUUCCGUGCAACAAGCCGCUGUGCGACAUGAUCAAGGUGGUUAAGCCAAUCAUUCGCAAAUUGGUUGAAGAUUCGAACCUAUUGAAAAUGUGGAUUUCGUUCAUGAUACCCAAAAUUGAGGACGGCAACAAUUUCGGUGUGUCCAUCCAGGAGGAUACUCUGGCCGAGAUCCAGACCGUCGAAUCGGAAGCAGCAGCUUUCUUUGAUCAGAUAUCGCGCUACUUUUUGACGCGUGCCAAGGUUGUGUCGAAGGUCGCCAAGUAUCCGCACAUUGAUGACUACAGACGUGCCGUUGUCGAGCUGGACGAGAAGGAAUACCUCAGUCUGUGGCUGGUUGUAUGCGAAGUGCGAAAUCGCUACUCCUCGCUACACGAUAUAGUUAUUAAGAAUUUGGAAAAGCUGAAGAAGCCGCGCUCAUCGAACGCCGAGAGCUUAUACUAGAAGACGCUCAUCAAUUUCCUUUAUUUUCUUCAAAUUUCAACAACGACACACUCGAACACAUACCCACACACACACACACACACAGCUUCCUAUUAUUAUAUAGAGCACACAUAUACCAGGAUAUCGCCAAUAAUAAUCUCAACAUCUGCCAGAGACCAUCAAGACGGAUCCGAGAUUCCCCCCCAAGCUUUUCUUUUUCUCGAACUUUCAAUAUUCGCUCUCGAAAUUGUAAUUUCGCAAAGUUCAAAAUUGUAAGAUAUAUUUCAAGAAUUUUGAUAAUAAUUUGGACGAUAUGUUUGUUCUUAAGAAAAAAGUAAUGAAAAGUAAUAAAAUAUCUAGAUUAUAAUCUAGAUUAACGUAAUAUACAAACAAAUCCAAUGCUGAACUAUUCAUUUAGAUGUAGUAUAAAACAUGAACAUAAAUACACAGAAUAAAACAAA